AUGAGUACAACAGCUAAAGAGGCCACCGUUAAUCGCAAAGAUAACGGCGAAGAUGUUGAUGAAGGAAGAGAAUUUGGUGGACCAUGGGGAUGUUUGGCCAUAAUUAUUUUCUCUCAUAUAAUCCCAUACUAUUAUUGGUAUUGUUUGGAAUUCAACAAUUCUAAAUUAGUUUGGUUCUGGGAUGUUGAUUGGCAAUCUGCUUGGGCUAUUGCCAAGCCAAAUUGGACUGCUUUUAAUAUUUAUAUGGGAUUUAUUACUUUUGAAGGAUUGUUGGCUUGGUUGAUUCCAGGUCACUUCCAUGAUGGUCUCCCACUCAAGCAUGAAGGAAAUAAGCGUCUUGUUUACAAUUGUAAUGCUAUUCAAUCUUGGUAUAUUCUUUUGAUUACUGUUGCUGUCUUGUACGUUACUGGUAUUGCUCCAAUUUCCAUGUUGUUGGAUAAUUAUGCUUCAGUUUUAACAGUUGCCAUGAUUUUCAGUAAUCUUGUUGCUGCUUUCACUUAUUUCUAUACUAUUGCUAUUGGAAGACAACAUCGUAUGUCUGGUAAUUUUAUUUAUGAUUACUUUAUGGGUGCCAUUUUGAACCCUAGAUUGGGUCCUUUGGAUUUGAAGAUGUUUACCGAAGCCAGAAUUUCUUGGGUUUUAUUAUUCAUGUUGACAAUUUCUGCUGCUGCCAAACAAUUUGAACAAUUGGGUUAUAUUACAGGACCAAUGAUCUUUAUGAUUACUGCCCAUUUCUUGUAUUGUAAUGCUAUUAUGAAGGGUGAAGAAUGUAUUGUUUCAACUUGGGACAUUUUCUAUGAAAAGUGGGGUUGGUUAUUGAUUUUCUGGAAUUUAGCUGGUGUUCCUUUCGUUUAUUGUUAUUCCUCUAUUUAUAUUUUGAAGAAGGGUACUGAAAUUGAUCACCCAAUUUGGUACAUUGCAAUUCUAUUUGCUGCUUUAUUGUUUGCUUACUACAUUUGGGAUGUUUCUCAAAGUCAACGUAACAGAUUCCGUAUGAAGAAGGCUGGUACUUUCCAAGUUAGAAAUACCUUCCCACAAUUACCAUGGGGAACCUUGCCAGACAAUGCCAAGGCAUUGAAGACUAAAGCUGGAAGUGAAUUGUUGGUUGAUGGUGUUUGGGCCUAUGCUAGAAAGCCACACUACUCUGCCGAUAUUAUUAUGGCCUUGUCAUGGGGCCUUAUCUGUGGAUUUGGAAGUUUCAUUCCAUACUUUUAUUUCUGUUUCUUUACUGGUAUGAUUAUUCACAGAGCUCACAGAGAUAUGGAGAGAUGUAGAAGAAAGUAUAAGGAAGAUUGGGACACAUAUUGCAACACUGUCAAGUAUAUCUAUAUUCCAGGUAUCAUCUAA